AUGUCGCAACAACAGCAGUCACAACAAACACCUUCAAUGAAUCCAAAUAAUUUGGCGUUACCAGGUGGUGGUCAUAUAUCUUCAUCACAAGGACAACCACAACAAGAUAUCUCAUUACAGUCGCAACCUCAAGGUCAGGUGAGAGGAGGACAAGGAGUCUCUGUCGCUUCUAGUCCAAACAUGCGAGGAAAGAAGACUGAAUUGUCAGAUCAAAUUCGAAAUAUUCAACAGAUGUUACAAGCAACUGAUUUGCCAUCUAAUGAAAGAGCAAAUUUGGAAGCUGAAUUGGAGAAACAAACAAAAUUGUUUCGAGAAAUACAACAGAUACAGCAACAACAAAAUUUACAACAGUAUCAACGACAACAAUUGCAGCAACAAAUUCAGCAGCAACAAAUUCAGCAGCAACAAAUUCAACAGGCACAACAACAAAAGCAACCUCAACAACCAAUACAACAAGAUCAAGAAGCUUCACACAAUUUAACUUCUCAAUUACCAUCUAAAUCUAUAGCUCCUGGGUAUACAUUAGUAACUCCAAUAAAAUCCGCAGCUCAGAAUUUACAACCUCAAUCUUCAUUAAGUGUUGCAACUCCAAUUAUAACGCCAAAAACUACGGAAAUUUUGCAAAAACCAAUUGUUCAGCCAAAACCGCAACAACAACCAAUAGCAAGUGCUCCACCGCUUACCACAUCAUCAUCAUUAGUAUUAUCUUCCACUCCCACAUCAACUGUAACCGCAAAUGUUCCUCUUUCUGCUCAUUCUACGAUUCCUCUGUCUUCUAACUUGGAUGUUAGUGAUGAACUUGUAACAAGUCGAAAGAUUCAGGAUUUAGUUGCAGAGAUUGAUCCAAAUGAAAGAGUCCAUCCGGAUCUUUUACUAGAGAUCGCAGACGAGUUUAUUGAAUCAGUAGCUGAAGGCGGAGCUCUGUACGCGACACAUAGGCGCUCUAAGCAACUGGAAGUCAAAGAUGUGCAACUAUAUCUUGAAUCCCUGGAUUUGCCUCGGAUGAAAUCAGAUCUAUACGCAAAAACAUAG